CCGACGGCGAGCUGGUGCAGUGCAACUUCGUCAGUAGAACCGGGGUGUCGGGAGUGAAGAGUGAGAUGUCGAGGGAGCGACGCUGGUGGGGAGUGCCUCGCAGCUUCGCGGGGUUCUCCCUCUGGAGGCUGUCCAACCCCUUCGAGACUCCAGAGGAUCCUGCAGAGUGCGGGAAGAAAGGGAGUGAAGGGAGUCCGAGAACCACUCCAGAGAUAAUUGCGAGACGAGAAGAAUCAGAAGGGAAAGAAAAAUCCAAAAGUCCUUCUGGUAGACUGGAAAGAAGUCCGUCGAAAAGUAGAAGCAGAAGCAGAAGUAGAUCUUCAAGUUUCUCAUUCAAGAGUAGAAAAUCUUCUGAACGAGAAACGCCUGAAAAAGAAGUUGAGGUGAAGAAGAGUGUUUUGCCGGACAUAAGUUUUACGUUUUUCAGCGAACAAGAUCGCGAGUUGGAAUACGUUGUUGUGGACUCUACAUUGAAGAGUGUGGUGGAUUCAAGCGUGGAACGAAAUUCACAAGGGGAUGGAAUGGAAAGGAUUGGAAACAAUGAUACGAUGUCUGACGAUUUUAGAAGAUCAGAGAGACCUCUUAGCAUGCACGAUGACAGAGUGAAAAAAGUCGAGGAGGUUGAAGAGGAAGAAAAUGAAGUGAGGCAUUUGUCCACAGUGGUGAUGACGAUGAAACCUGUGGAUUAUUCCAACAUUAAAGACUUGAAGUUGGCUGUUGAAACAAUUGUGAAAGAAAACGAAUACGAAGUGUUAAAGGAGAAGGAGCCUCCUUACUCGUCUCCGAGAGCUUCUAGUGUCGAGUGUUUUCCCGUAUACGCGACAAUUGUCAAAUCAAACAAAUCCUCCACUUUGGAUUCCAACGAAACUCCUAAUUUUGUUGACGCUCCAACGUCUAUUCCAACCACUGAGUCUUCCGCGUUGGACUCUCCAUGUUCUAAAGACUUCGACGAGACUUUGCCUGCAGUGCCUACCCCAGAUUGGGACGAAGUGAGUUUAAACUCCGAGUACAACGCGGACUACGCUGAACUCACAACUCCGGAACCCGUGGAUCCUUUGGAAUCACCGGUGCCUGAGAAUACUGAAACUAAGGAAGAACUGGCUUACUGUCAACACCGAGCUGAACUGAAACCGUCUCUGAGGAGGGUGACAUUGCUGCGGUGUAAGAAGACGGUGAGGAGAACUCCUUCGAUAGGGAGGGUGAAGAACAAACUAGGGAGAGCUUGGAGGAAAGUGCGCGGGUGGUGGAUAGAGGAGAGGAUAAGACUGAACGAAGUGAUUUUGAAAAGAGAUUCAGUCCGGGAGGCCUCCGUGGUCUCGGAUGUCCCGGAGACGGUGGUCCGCAGCAUGAGUGAUGAGGACAUCUAUGUGGGGUUGAAGGGGGGUGACGAGAUGAGAAGUGUUGAUGACGUCAUGUCCACAUGUUCAACUCUGCCUGCGAGGUACCUGAGGAGGCGGAAGAGAUCCCCUACACCUGUGUUGUCGAGGUCGUCCAGCGUCGCCGCGUUCCGGAGGAGCAAAUUUUUCCCUGAGGGACAAAAUGGAUUUGAAGAACUUCGCCGGUAUAUCAAGCAGGGUGGAGACUUUUGCAAGGACCUCAGUGCUGUCCUGCAGGAAAGGUCCGAGGCCGAGCUGCAGUACUCCAAGACGUUGUCCAAGCUAUCUGCCAAACUGCUCAAGUUGACCAAGGAGUCCUCCAGUAGUACCAACACUGCUUGGCAACGCGCCGCUGUCGAGAUGGACACACAGAGCGAAAUACACAGGGUGUUUGCAACGGCGUUGUCUGAAGAAGUUGUGAAACCCCUGAAGCAGCUUCUGGAAAACCAACAUAGAACGCGAAAAGCUGUAGAGACUGCAGUAGACAAAACAGGCAAGAGCCUCGCUGAGUGGCGGUCAGCAGAGUGUAAAGCCAAGAAGCAGAGCUUUGCGAGCGCUCGAGAGAAUGAGAAGAUGCAGGACGCUAUGUUGGACGUCAGGAUCGCAGGAGUCCAAAGUCCGACGGCCUCCACGUUACAUCUCCACAGCACUAAGCUGGUGUCGGACAAAGAGAACGCCAAGCUAGAGUCAAAAAGACGGAAAGCAGAAGACUCAGUCAAGAAGGCUGAUGUGGAGUAUUACACUUACUGUAUACGAGCAGAAAGAGCCCGACUAGAGUGGGAGAGUGCAGUGCUGAGAGGCAGUCAGUGUUUCCAAACUCUGGAGGAAGAGAGACUACAGCAGCUCAAGGAGCUCACAGACACAUACCUGCACCACUAUAAGGAGGUCGGGCCUAAACUGACUCAGAGUGCGGCGAGAUUGGUAGAGCCAGUUUCGCAGAUUAGUGUAGUGGCGGACCUGGAGACAGUGGUAACCCUGCGUGAGAAUGGCCAGCCUGCGCCAGAACAGCUGUUACCUGACUUCUACGCUGAACACAUAACACUGGCCAUGAACAGAGAGCGUCGUAGACAGGCGUUGGUGAAGUUGCUGCACCUGAUUAGACAAGACCUAGACAGAGAAAGGAGGGGGAAGCAAGGGGUGGAGAACCUGGCUCGAGCCCUUAAACAAACCCCAACCUUCGGCACAGACGACAGUCAGCAGAACGUUACGGAGAAACUGCACCAUAUGAGGUCGAUGUUGGCGUACCUCGAGGCAGCCAGAUACAAAGUGCAGGGUGCGCUGGCGGAGAUGGAGGGGAGGAACAAGGAGAGUCAUCCCCUCUCUCCCCACAUACACAUCACCAGGGACAGACAGGGGCUGCAGCAGAGUAUACUCAAGGUUCCGUUGUGGGUGAGGAAGGAGUCAGUAGAGUUGACACCAGACAACCUAGACUGGACAGACAGGGGAACUGCAGACGGCAACUCUGUACAGCCUGACAGUGACUUUGAUGAGUUCUCCAGCCAAGGCAGUGAGAGGGACUACCAGAGCAGUGUGAUCAGUCAGUGUCAAUACCCCGUGUUGAGUGAGCAGUCACAGUGCGCCGGGCGGUGCAAGGCACUCUACCACUAUGCUGCCAACCUCUACGACGAACUUAACCUCAAUCCAGGAGAUGUAAUCAAUAUUCACGACAAGCAAGCUGAUGGCUGGUGGCUCGGGGAACUCAAUGGAGUGGUCGGAAUAUUCCCAGCCACUUACGUGGAAGAAAUCAAGUAGCACUUUUGCUAACACAAAUAUACAUAACAUUCUAUCUCUACAGGAAACGCAUGUCCAUUAGAGUAACAUGUAGAAUAACAACACUAUGCAGCUAAAUGAAGUUCCAGUAUAAAUUUGCCACUUUGAAAAUCAGAAUAAGUUUACGACAUAUUUUUACCCUGAAUGCCCUAAAAUUUUAGUAGUGUAAAAUCAAUGCCCUGUAAUUGAUGAUUUAUUCUGUUUCUGUUGGAAGAUUUCUCUAAUCCAAACUGAGUUAAUAUUUAAGUGAUACCAUAGACAAUAGAGUAAAUAUAGACUGUCAAAGAAAGGUUUUGCGAUCUGCCGCUAGAGCGUUAUCGCCGUUCGAUAUUGGUUAUCGGUAUUCUAUUCGGUGUCGACCACAACUACUCGCCAGCUGUUACCUGCACUACCACUCUUGCAAACGAAAUGAUAACUAUAUCGCUAGUGUCUUCUGCAAUCGCGUCAAAUUAUGAACAUCUUCAGCGGCCGUGUAGACAUUAUCGUCUUGCAUUAUCGCAGAAAAGACGUGAUCAUUUUUCCCGCGGUCACGAAAACGGCGUCUAGCACGGUCGCGGUUUAAGGACAUCUCCCGCGGUCAUGUAGACAUCAUCAUCGUUUUGCGCCGUCACGGAAUAACGUGAUCGUUGUCUAGUGCGAUCGAGAUAAAAUCAUGAAAUUUCCCGACUUUGAUAUCAAAAUAAAGACUAAAUCCCAACUUUUCAAGACCAUUUUGAAAUUCAAUACUAAUACCUGACUUUCCCGUUUUCCGCCAUACAAGACACCCUGGUUAAUUAGAUUUUGACCUUGCAAAUAUAAAACAAAACCUUCCAAUAAACCACUUCCUAAAAUUAUGGAUUUAUAAAGAAAAACUUCGAAUCAUUGUAAUGAAACUACAAAAGUAUAACAAAUAUACGUUUAAAAUACAAUAAAAUAUGGCAUUAAAAUUAUUUUAUUGAUUAAUAUUUAAAAAGUCAGUAAACUCCAAUUCCGGGGAAUUCCUCCAAAGUUGGCAACACUACUCCCAACUACCAAGUUGUUAUGGAAACGGUCGUUAGCGCUUGAUGAUGCAGCGGUGUGCGCCGUAACUACGCAUUACCCCUACCGGUCGGCGCCGGAAUAUACGCUAACCGCAGCACAGCUGACAGUCUAUAUUUAUUUCUUUUUGUCUAUGGUGAUACUACUUUGUUGGAAUUUAAUUCUAUAAAAAAGCUCUUUUAUCUGCUGAACACUCUUGUGAACUUCAAUUCUCGUGUUGAAAGCUGCUGCUUCAACCUUUGUAAAGACAGAAACUAACUUAAUCGACAGUAAAAUGUAACUUGAGCUCAGACUGAAAGUUCCAGUCAUUGUAUAAAGUGCCUUGUAUGUAUAUAUAGUAUUUAAUUUAUCCAAAGAGUUGUAUUUUAACUUGUUUGAAAAUAAAUAAUUGCUGUUUUGUAA